AUGAAACCCAACGAGGGUAAACCUAAAUCUAAAGACUAUGCUUUUAUUUUUUUUGACUUGGAAACCCGUCAGGAUGAGCCCCUGCUCUCUGACCCUGAAAGUAAAUUACAUAAAGUAAACUUGUGUGUGGCCCAGCAAUUUUGUUACCAGUGUAUUGAGGGGAAAUUCUGUAUAGCAUGUAAAAAUCGUACACGUGUGUUUGACUCUGACCCUAUUAAUCAGUUUAUGAACUAUGUCAUGUAUGUGAGGAAACAGUUCAAAAAUGUCUGUGUAAUUGCACACAAUGGGCAGGGAUUCGACUUUCAAUUUCUGCUAAAGUACCUGUUGGAAGAAACAAAAUUCACACCGGAACUUGUAAUGCGGGGAACUAAAAUCAUCCUAAUGGAAAUUGACAAUGUGAGGGUUGUUGACUCACUUAGCUACUUCCCUAUGGCUCUGUCUGCUCUACCUAAAGCUUUUGACCUACCUCCAGAGAAAAAGAAAGGCUAUUUCCCCCACCUGUUUAACACUCUGGCAAACCAAGACUAUGUAGGCCCUAUGCCAGACAAAAAGUACUACUGUCCCGAAUCUAUGUUUGAGAAAUCUUAUAAUGACUUUGAAAAAUGGUACAGUGACCAGGUCAUUAGUAACUACGAGUUCAACUUCAAAAAUGAGAUCCUAGCCUACUGUAUUUCAGAUGUUGAUAUCUUGGCUCAAGCCUGUCUACAGUUUCGCUCAAUUUUCCUAAAAGAGUGUAAUGUUGAUCCGUUUCUCGAGGCUGUUACCAUUGCGAGUGCUUGUAAUCUAGCUUUCCGCCGUAAUUUCCUGAAACCCAAUACUAUCGGACUUAUCCCUAAAAACGGCUAUCGAUUAGUGGACAAUCAAUCAAAUAUAGCGCUCCAGUGGCUUUCUUGGGUCGAGGAAACCAACGGGAUUAGGAUCGAUCAUGCCGGACGAGGUAAAGAAGUUAAAGUCAAUGGAAUGAAAGUAGACGGGUUCGAUGGCAGAAACAUCUACGAAUUUCAUGGCUGUUAUUUCCAUGGGUGUCCUAAAUGCUUUCCUUACAACCGUCACGCUCCUUUGAAAGAGGACCCUUCUGAUAGCCUACAUCUUCGCUAUGAGCGAACUAAGGCUAAAAACACAAAGUUUACAGAACACGCAUUAGUAGAGAUGUGGGAAUGCGAAUUUCGUAAACAAAAAAAGGAUCAGCAGCUUAAAUAUCUAGAUAGUUUGCCUAUCUUGAACAAUCUCCCACUUGAUCCGAGGCAGGCUUUUUUUGGAGGUAGGACAGGUAAUGCAAAAUCUUACUACAAAUGCGCUGAGGGGGAAACUAUACAGUAUGUAGAUGUUUGUUCCCUAUACCCUUAUGUUUGUAAGUAUGGGAAGUACCCUAUAGGUCACCCAACCAUCUAUGUAGGAGACAAGGAGUGUCGUGAAAGAGGUAUGGGUGUAGAGGGUUUGUUAAAAUGUAAAGUAUUGCCACCUCGUGAUCUCUACCACCCUGUACUCCCUACAAAACUGAAUGAUAAAUUGAUGUUUGUGUUGUGCAGAACAUGUGGGGAAAUUAUGUAUCAGGGAGAAUGUAAUCAUGAUAGUGAUAAUAGAGCAUUAGUUGGGACUUGGACUAUGGACGAGGUUAGAAAGGCAGUAGAGAAAGGGUACAUUGUAUUGGACAUGUAUGAGUUGUGGGAGUACCAGGUAGCGACUUAUGAAAAUGGGGGUUUGUUCACCGAUUUUAUUAAUAAAUUUCUUAAGAUGAAACAGGAAGCUUCGGGCUAUCCGGAAUGGUGCAAAACUGAGGAGGACAAAAAUAAGUAUAUUGCAGAGUAUUUGGGACAUGAGGGAAUUAAGCUGGAAAAAGAAAAGAUUGUUAAGAAUGGGGGUUUGAGAUCUUUGGCAAAAUUAAUGCUAAAUAGUUUUUGGGGAAAAUUUGGUCAGAGGGAAAAUCAAACUAAGGCUACAAUUGUUAAGGAUCCUAAAACAUUAUUUCAAAUGCUCUCUAGCCCCGAAAUUAAAGUAAACAGAAUUCAGAUUGUUAAUGAUGAGGUGGUUGUGUCAUGGGAAUAUUUGGAGGAGGUAGGUGAACCUCUUAGUAACAUAAACGUUUGUAUCGCGGCCUACACUACCUCACAGGCGAGACUCAAGCUCUAUGAACAUCUUGAAGCCCUAGGAGCUCAAGUAUUAUAUUAUGACACAGACAGUGUUAUAUUCUACCACCGCCAAGGCCUGUAUAGCGUUCCUACGGGAGAUUACCUCGGUGAAAUGACUGAUGAAUUAGUGGAUUACGGACCCGGAUCUUACAUUACUGAACUUGUCUCUGGGGGGCCUAAAACUUAUGCGUACCUUGUCUGGUCAACCAAUCAACAAAAAUUGAUCCCUAUAUGUAAAAUCAAGGGCCUCACCCUUAACUUUAAAACAUCAAAAAUUGUAAAUUUUGAAAAAUUAAAAGAGAUGGUUUUGAGUGAAGCAAAACAGUCUGUUGAAAUUGAGGAAAGUAGAAUCAGAAGGACUAGAGACAGAGACAUCGUCACCAUCACUGAGAGCAAAGUGUUUAAAAUAACUGGUCCUAAAAGAAGGUUCGAAGGUCAAUACGACACUCUACCUUUUGGCUACAGAAAAGUCCAAAGGAAUAUGUAA